AUGCGUUACUUGACGCGAGAAAUCUCUGGAAUUUUGCGUGGAAUUUCUUUUUCUUUUCUUUUUGUCUUCGAGGAGAGCUCCCGCGCGACGACUUCGGAACGCAUCUCAAUCAUCACAGCUCAGAUUCGGACUACGCCCGAGAUGCCAGGUCUUGACGGGAUGGCAUCCGCCUCAUACCCGCCAAUAGAAAGCUGUCCGAGUUACGAUCCAGAGGCGAUCCAAUUGCCACCGCACCUACUCCUCGAUGCCUUUCACGGCCUCAACGUCUGCGCACCCAUGGUGCGCUAUUCCAAGCUAGCGUUCCGCACGCUUGUCUCGCGAUACGAGACGCACAUCACGAUGACACCGAUGAUCUUGGCAAAGGAAUUCAGCAGGACAGAGGCAGCGCGCAACUCGGAGUUCUCGACCAACCAGUACGAGCGCGGGACGUACGAGCUGCUGCCCGGGGUUGCCGAAGGAUCCGAGAGUGCCUCGCGACGGUUGUCGGAGAAAGAUGUUUCAUCGUCGGAGCUGCCGUCCGAGUUGACGAACGGUGAAGCACAUCGAGAGGCGCAAGCGGAACGCCGCAGGAUUGCCAAACAAAAAGUCCGUGUUCGUGGUGCGCUGGUCGCCCAAUUCGCCUCGAGCGAGCCAGAACCUUUCGCGGAUGCAUCCGAGCUCGUAGGACGAUUCGUCGACGGCGUCGAUCUCAACUGUGGCUGCCCUCAACCGUGGGCAUACGAAGAGCUUCUCGGAUCGUAUCUGCUCCGACAACCCGAGACGGUGCGUGACAUGGUGCGCGCAGUCAAGGCGCGCAUGGGCUCCGACUUUUGCGUCAGCGUCAAGAUUCGUAUCGAUCCCGAUCUGCGUCUAACAGACGCCUUGGUGCGGAACGCGCUACACGCCGGUGCAUCCGUGCUGCAGGUCCACGGCCGAACACGAUGGCAGUCUUCGUCUGAACCUGUCGAUCUGGACGGUAUCAAGUUUGCCGUCGACGCUGCCAACUCCUGCGGUUUCAGGACGAGCUGGGGCUCAAAAGGCGGUGCAGCUGCCAGGUUCGCAGACGGAGGCAGUGGCGGUCUGGUACCGUGUGUAGCGAACGGCGAUGUGUGGACGCUCGACGAUGCGAUCCUCUAUCGAAAAACCACCGGCUGCAAAGGCGCAAUGAGCGCAAGAGGCCUCCUCGCCAACCCUGCGCUCUUCUCGGGCUACGAGCAAACCCCACCCGAAGCAGUUGGCUUUUUCCACAGGGUCGCGACCACCUGGGGUCUGCAUACGGGUCUCAUCCAGCGUCAUUUGGCGUACAUGCUCGAGGGCCAGUUCCAAAGCCGUGCUGAAGCUAUCCAUUUCAACUCAUUGAGCGGUGGAGCCGCCAUGACGGAUUACUUGGCGGAACAGGGGUUGCUGUGGAGCGCGGACAAGCACGCUGAUCCGCUAGCUUCAAGGUUUGGCUUUGGGACGGAAAGACGAGGUCUAAAGAAGAGCGAGGGAGAAGGCGUCGGACCGCAGAGGUGCUGGUCGCUGAGUGAGUCGCUUGCCGGUGUCGGAUUGUAG